ACCUCCUUGUGAAUUAGUCUGCUGGAGAAUGUCGAUUAGCCCUGCUAGCGAUAUCGCCAAGGCAGGAGCUACUGUUCAGGGCUGGAUCUCUCGCCUGGUGAAAAAGCCUGACACAUCUGCUUCACCAGGCGACGAUCAGUCCGGCAACGACCAGGUGGCAAAGUGAGUGUGUACCUUCUUUGCCAUCUGAUGUCGCCUUAGCAAGCGCUGAUCAGCGAUAAUAUCUCUCCAGAACCAUCAAGGACCUUCAGGCAGUCAGCAUUACUCCCACUUCCGGGAAGGAGGACUCGAGGACGAGGGAAAGAGUGCCUCGCAAGAUCACUAUUCUGGGAGAUGCUUAUACUUGUGGACCCUGGAGAUGCCUUGACGAUUUCAUCCAGCGGAAGGAGGUCGCGAAAGGACGGGGCUGCAUAAUUGUGUCUGCCAUUGCUACCAAUGUCUACCAGCGAGUUGCUAUUAAGGCUUACGAACGGAGUCAGAUCAACGAGGGUACUAUUGUCCACAUCCGAAGGGAGGCAUCCCUUAUUAAGGGCUUGAGGUAGGUUUCGUGGAUUACUGCAUAGUUGGAAUCCUGAAGCACAUUGCUCAAUCUCAGAGCCUUCAGGCAUGAGGCGAUCUGCCAGCUUUACGGAUCUUUUGAAGACUCGAAGUAUGUGUACGUUGUGAUGGAGCUGUGUUCGCAAGGCGAUCUGAUGGAGUUCUUGAAUGGUCCUCGGGGGGUUCGCCGCCUGAAUGAGGAACGAGCUGUACAAACGGUAACCCGCCUGCAGCGCUUGGGGUUUUUUCGGGGGAUCAAGAACCAUCGUUGACUUGAAGCCUUUUUGCAGGUUCUGCACCCUCUUUUGCAAGCCCUUCAGCUGCUGCAUGGAAAAGGGAUUGUGCAUCGUGACAUCAAGCCUGAGAAUCUCUUUAUGUCUAAGGGAAGCGCAAAGCUUGGCGACUUCGGACUCGCCAUCAACCAACGUCUGGAGCCACCAAUGUCGCAGCUUGGUACUCUGGACUACAUGGCCCCGGAAGUUUUCAGAAAGCCAGGAGAUACCAGUGGACGAAGACAAGCGCUUUAUGAUGAAAAGGUUGACAUCUGGGCCUGUGGUGUUCUCGCGUAUGAAGUCGUGACUGGAGAACCACCGUUCAAUGCUGGCAAGAAUGGAAGUCUGACCAAGGAUCUUAUCCAGAGAGCUAGUGUUCCUAUCGCUGGGGUUUGGCCGCAUCCUGUUUCACCAGAGCUUGCGGACUUCAUAAAGCAGGCUCUCCAGAAGGACCCCCAUCGUCGGCCAUCAGCUGAGGAUCUCCUUUCUCACCCUUGGAUAAUGAAGCAUCUCCCGACGUCCACUGAGGCUGGGAGUCCUCCUAUAUUGAUUUCAGCUAGCACGUCAACCAAGCACUCAGUUCACCACCCGACACAUGUAUUGGCUGCACCUGCUAAGGCUACGCUUGCCAAGAGCUGCCCUGACUCUGUUUAUUACAGUAAGCCGCCUCAGAAGCAAGUUGCCGCUGCUGGGCUUGCCACUGGUGUGCAAGCAGGCUGUGUUGCUAACUCCGUCAUCAACACGAAGGCCCUUCCAAGUGUGGUCGAAGAGGGUGACACAUGGGAAGAGUGUGAUGACUCAAUGACACGGGAUGGUCUCUCCUCUAUUCCAGAGAAGCCUUCUCUGCCGAAGCUGGAAAAGGAUGGUUCGUUUGAGAGGAUGCUUCAUGCCAGCGGUAUCAAGGCAAAGACGGGACAUGAUGGUACCAGAGACACAGCUGACACGAUCCCAUCAUCUCCACAGUCGCCUGGCACUCCGAGCCCUACGCAUACACCAAAGGGGGUCACAGAGAAAUGGCAGAGCCUGGAGCAUACUGGCAUCAAGAAGUAAGUUCCGUUUGGUUUUGCUAGUUCUCAGCUUUUUAUUGCGCAACUGACUUUCCCCAUUCCAGGUCACUCUUCUCACGUGAGAUGAUGGAACACGCCAAGCCAUACCAGGUUGGCACAGGACCACUCAGUGAUGGUGAUAUGAAAGCUGAAUGGUGCUCCGUCCUGCCAUCUUCGUCACAUUGAACAGAGUCUUACUGGUUGCUGGAAUAAGAGCUGCCACCAUAUGUCUUAGCUGCAUAGUGAAUAAGGUUGGCCAGCUACAACAUAGGUAUGCUGGGUUAUUAAGUGCCCUUGUGACAUGUUGACAUGUUUGCAAAUAAUAUUGGGAAUAAAGUUGAGCAACCAUC